AUGGCAUCCCCCAUCUACAAGCACUUCCUCGUCUCGACCCCUUCCCCUUUCGUCGUCCACGUGCAGAUCAACCGCCCGGAGAAGCUAAACGCGUGGUUCGAGGAGAUGUGGCUCGAGUUUAAAGUUGUCAUCGACACGCUCUCCCACUCCCCCGACGUCCGCGCCAUCGUCCUCUCGGGAGCCGGCGACCGCGCAUUCACAGCAGGGCUCGACGUACAGAUAGGCAGCGAAGUGGGCAUAUUGAAGCAGGUGCGGGGCGAUACAGCGCGGAAGGCGGUCGGGAUCAAGAGACAUCUGGAUGAGUUCCAGCAUUGCAUCAGCAGCGUGGAGAAGUGCGAGAAACCCGUCAUCUGCGUCCUCCACGGCAUCUCAUUCGGACUCGCCAUCGACCUCUCCACAUGUGCCGACAUCCGGGUCUGCACGAAGGACGUGAAACUGGCGGUGAAGGAAGUCGACAUCGGCCUCGCAGCCGACGUCGGAACGCUCACCCGCCUCCCGAAGGUCGUCGGCAACUUCUCCUGGGUCAAGGACGUGUGUCUCUCGGCGCGCGUCUUCGGCGCGGAGGAGGCCUACCGGGUCGGCCUCGUCAGCCAGGUCCUGGAGACGAAGGCCGAAGCCGUCGAGGUGGCCUUGAAGAUGGCCGAGCUGCUGGCGACCAAGAGUCCCGUCGCGGUGCAGGGCACGAAGGAGCUGUUGAACCACGCGCGGGACAACACGGUGGCGGACUCGCUGCGUUACACGGGUGUGUGGAACAGUGCGGCCAUCCAGUCGAUCGACGUCGAGAGGGCAUUGCUGUCAGGGGUCAAGAAGACGAGGCCAACUUUUGAGAAGCUGUAG